AUGCGCAACCUCGUCCUUCUCUCAUCGCCAUCCUACCUCACUACUGCUGCCAGCACUCCGACUGAGCAUAGCCAGCCUUCAUCUUCGUCUUCAUCUUCGCCCUCGAGCAUCGUAGUGAGCAAUGAUCGUUUGGCAGUCAGUCCCACUUCCCACACGCUGUACUGGGCCACAUCAAGGCCAUCAACCACACAUGCAGGACUGGUCACUUUUGACGUGUACCAGCACUCGCAUUUGACGUCACAGUCGCAGCAUGAGGCAGUCGGCUCGCACCAUGCACGCAGCAUCUGCUCCUUUGCCGCUCCUGGCUCACCCCAAGGUACAGCCGAAAGAAGUCAAGUGCUGUCGUUGGCGUACCUGAGCGAUGCUGCGCAAGACGGCUCUGAUGCGCUCAUCAUUGUCACUUCGGGUGGAGACAUUGGCGUGGUUGCGCUUCCAUAUGAUGGUUCAGGCCAAGGCCAGUCCCAGUCCCUUGCCUCCGCUCCACCGCCUCCUCCGGAAAUCGUGGGCAGCGUGGAGCAGGGCAUCCUUGCCGCCGCUUGGAGUCCCGACGAGGAGCGAUUGGUGCUGAUCACUGCAGCGUCGGAAGAGGAUGGGCCGGAAAAGAUGCUGGUGAUGAGCAGGAGUUGGGAAGUGGAGCACGAAAGCGUCCUCAUCUCCCCCGAUUUGGGCAAAGGUGAGUCACGCGUCGACUUGCGAGAGAUCCAGCAAGCAGCCCCAGCGUCAAGUCGAAAGACUUUAUGGGGCAAAGGGGGCAGGCAGGCAGGCAUGCAGGUAAGGCGCGUCAUCAGAGCUGAUCAUCGAUGCAUCUACACUCGACUCGUCAUUGUGACUUUGCUCAGACACGUUUGUCAAUCUCGGUUGGGGAUCCAUCGAGACGCAGUUUCACGGUCAGGCAGGCAAGCAAGGCGCCGCUCUGGCAUCGCAGCAAGCCUCGGCAUCUGGCAGAAGCUCAAUCUUGCCGGAUGACGAUCUGCUCCCCCGCAUAUCCUGGAGGAGCAACAGCGAGUCAUUCGUAGUGUCGUGCAUCAGUCAGCAGUCUUUCGCCGAGGGCCAAAGCACUUCGUCUAGAGUGUUGAGGAUAUACGACAAGAGUGGCGUGCUGUCCACCAUCAACGAGCCCAUCAAAGGGCUAAGCCACAUCGCUGCUUGGAAGCCCAACUCGCUCUUGAUCGCUUCCUCACAACGUUUCGGCGAGAGUCUAAACCUGCAACCUGGUCGGCAGGGCCGACACGAUGUCGUCUUUGUGGAGAACAACGUGAGUGGCGACUGCGGUCGUAGCGCUUGGUAGAGCCCAAGCAGGCUGAACAACAAUCGCGCACGCAGGGCUUGAGGCACGGAGAGUUUAGCCUGCGGGAAGACUCGCAUUCUAUGCCCGUUGUUGGUCCUUUUGGAAGCCUGCCAUCUUCUUCCCUUCCUGACAGAAGCACGCCACACUCCAUCCAAGACCUCACUUGGAACUCUGAUGGUAGUCUGUUGGCGAUUCAUUUGGUCAGGAUGUCCCCAACAGCGGAAAAUCAGCACUUGCUUCAAAUUUGGUCGCCCACGAACUACUGCUGGACAUUGCGCCAAGAGCUCGAAGUUGCGCCUUGCGAACAAAUCAAACACUGCACUUGGCAUGGCGAAGAUGUCUUGUCUCUCCGUCUCCUGACCAGUCAAAGAGUCAUCUCGUACACUUUCAGCCACGUCGAAAUCACUUCGAAUGAGGAUAUGCCGCACGACGCUGCUUGCGCUGCAGUCAUGGACGGGACCCAUCUGCGACUAACCCCGCUCAGGACGCGCAAUGUGCCCCCUCCAUUUGCCGCAUACACGUUGUCGAUUAGCGAAGCAGAGACCAACAAGGAUUUCGGGCAGCGAUCUGGCACUAUAAGACAUGUGGCCUGGUGCGACGACUCUACAGAAGAUGCGUCACGAAGCAUUCUAGCCCUCCUGAUUUGCGGUCCUAUGCGACGAUGCGUGUUGCUGUACGCGUGCGAGUGGGGCAAUCUCGCAAAGAAAGCUCCCCAAGGCGGCUGGCCAUUGCAUGCGCCUCGAUUGCUCGGCGAAGUGGCAUCCUUACCAUUCGAUGCAGAAGAUGCAGCUGCUCCCCUUGGACUCUCGAGACAGGUGGCAGUCUCAAAACUCGGUGAUGGUGACACGGGGAACUUGUUGCGCGUGGCGAUUCUCGGCACAGACCGAUUCGGGACAUCAGACUUGCUUAGCUUGUGCGACGUAGAGAUGGAUGAGACACGACGCACCGCGACGCAGAGCUCUAUGAGAGAUUUAGGCCUGGGUGCCAGCGCCCCUCGCGUCCUUGCCCCACGCCUGGGCUUUGGAGCUACGAGGGCCGGAGAUUUCUGUGUUCACAGUGCUGACGGCUCUGUCAAAGGUGAGACUCAAACUGACUAGUUCGGGAGCCACGGCGAAGAGCGCUCACACACUCAUUUGGACGUCUCUUCUCUGGGCAAGGCUUCUCUGGCCCCAUCGAAGGCGUCGAAGAACAAGACGCAGACAUGCAGAGGCUCACAGAAUGGUGUCCCUCAAUUAUGCAUAGAAGGAUCGCGCACAUUGCGGAAGAUUGGUCAGAGCAGGCUGUCGGCACCUCGGUCGGGAUUACGCUCGGACUUUCGACGUCUGGCAAGCUCUACGCCAACGAAAGGUGCAUCGCUUCGGAUGCUACUUCCUUUGUCCUGAGCGGCGACACGCUGGUGUGGAGCACAUCGGCGCAUCGAUUGAAAUUUCUCUCCCUAUCUUCGUGUGUUGAAUUGAACGAGAACGAAAACGAGGAGGGCAACUCGCAUCGCUAUGGUGCUUCUGAUGGAGAUAUUCCACUCAGUAGGAGGGUGGAGCGAGGGAGCAGGAUUGUGACGGCCAUUCCAAGCAGCAUGUCCAUCGUACUACAGAUGCCCAGAGGCAACUUGGAGACCAUCUAUCCGAGACCUCUGAUUCUGUCCGUGGUCCGCCAACACUUGGCGAGGUGAGUUUGGCUCUCUGCGAGGCAAAGGGACAAGCUAACGCUUCCCUGCGCAACUAUUCUGCAGCUCGCAGUACGGCUUGGCAUUCGGAAUUUGUCGAACGCAUCGAAUCGACUUGAACAUCAUUGCACAGCACUCGGCGUUGCUCAGCGAUCUCGAGCUGUUUGUCACACAAUUGGAGCACGAAGAUCAUCUUAACUUGUUCCUCUCUGCUCUCUCAACAGAGUUGCUUCACGCUGACAAGCUGAAUGAGCUGUGCGAGAAGAUGCGCGCCGUACUUGAUAGAAAGCCCCUUGGCAAGCGCUGGACGAACAGCUGUCUGGUCACGUUUGUGAAGCAGAGCCCUCCCAAUUUUGAAGGCGCGCUACUUCGCCUUCGCGACAUACACGGUGGGUUUCGCAUUCAGCGGACAGGCAAAUUGAAACCAGACUUAUGUGAUUUCUUUCCUAUCGAACAGUGCAAGACGUCGAGGCCGCAGAUUCAGCAUGCCAGUACUUGAUUUUUCUGGCAGACGCGGACAAGCUUUAUCGAGCAGCGCUUGGUCUUUACGACUUUGUGCUGCCAUUGUUGGUAGCUCAGCACUCGCCACGCAAAGAUCCGCGAGAGUAUCUCGAGGAGUUGCGGUCGAUUCGGGCCAUCGAAAACGUGCACUAUCAAAGAUACGAGAUCGAUGAUAGGCUAGGCAGACACGGCAAGGCUCUGAGCUGGAUUGCCCGCGCGGGAGACGAACAUUACGAAGCUGCAGUAGAAUACGCCGAGAGGCACAACCUGGAAAAGCAGGCCAUCGUCGCUUGGGCUCAUGAGCCUCGAAGACAAAGAGCCGCUUACGAGCGGUACGGCGAUGUUCUGGUGAACAAGCAAAAAUACUCGGAAGCUGGCGCUGGUGAGUGUAGUUGAGCAAGUGGGUCUCGCUUGAGUGUGUCCUGCGACUGAAGCGGCUUGCGAUUUCCAAUCUACAUUAGCUUUUGUUCUUGCUCGGCAGAGAAGCAAGGCGAUCGAUGCGUACAAGAGAGCAGACGACUGGCUCAACGCAUUUGCGAUUGCCGUAGAACCACCUCGCCUACCCUCCACAGAAAUUGAGCUCCUCGCCGACAUGCUGACAGGUGAGUGGCCACACAAUUUGCCCGAGCGAAACGAUGUUCACAAAUUACAAUGCGCUUGCAGCAUCACUCAGUGACGCUGGCAGGUAUGAAGACGCUGCGCGCGUCGCCAUCGAGUAUGCGAAGGAUGUCGAUCGAGGCAUUGAGCUACUCAGUACAGGACGCCAUUUCUCUGAAGCGCGUCGAAUGGUAAGUGGGCUCCCUUUAUAUACUCGGGAAGUGACGCGGCUAGAGCUAUGCUCACAAGGGUGUCUACUUUUCUUGCAGUGCGCUCAUCAUAGCCGCAUGGAUCUUGUCGAGACUCAUGUCAAGGUGAGUCCAUAGCUUUGAUCAAGUGCUGUCUCGAUGUUUGGGAAGCUCACCGUCGUCUCUUGCUCGUACUCGCUGCCUCUCGCCAGCCGGCUACGCUUGAGGCGCAGACUACUAUGCUGGACGAUGUUGAAGCCAUGCACAAGCAGCUAGAUACCACUUUGGUGCGCAUGGCAGAGCUGCGGCGCAAGAAGCGAGAGAGCCCGGGUAAGUCUGAUCGAUCACCGUGCGUCAUGCCCCACCUCACCGAGUUGCGACCUUGCGUGCACAGAGGAAUUCUAUCCGGACGAUGGGCCACCAGACCCUGAAGCAGAUGGGCGCAGCGAUGCAUCGACGAAAAUAUCCGCGUUGUCGCGCUUCACGCGAUUCACGAGGUUCACGGCGUCUGCGGCUGGAAGCACGUCCAUCGCUGGAUCGGAUAUGAGCAACCUCACGGCAAAGCAGAGGAAGAAAGAAGAGAAGAAGCGAGUGACGGGAAAGAAAGGAAGCGUGUACGAGGAAGAUUAUCUGUUUGAGAGCUUGAAGAAGUUGCUCGGCAGCAGAUUGAGAGAGGUGCAAUGUGAGCAGAUACGACUGUCGGCCCUUUGUACUGGCGAGAUACAUGCUGACGCGCAUCGAUCCGACCACGACGACAGCGUCGACUGCUGCUCUAGUCCCACACCUCUUGGUGCUAUCAGGAGCUCAUCGCUCAGCAGCGAGUGUCUUGAGCGCAUCUUUGAGCAAGUUUGAGAUUGAAGCGCAGAGCAAAUUGCGAGACCUAAAGGACGCUCUGCUGGUAGAGUCCAGGGCGAUGGAAGAGAUGCGCUUGGAUGCGUUGAGGACUAGCUCUGCACAGGGAAUCGCGUUUGAAGAGUUGGCCGCUGCUGGGCUUUUUCAACCUUUGCCUAGGCGGGACGAGGUGGCGUUGUCAGAUGUCAAGUGGAGGAAUGCGGUCGAAGAGGCUGCGAAUGCUCGGUUGGAGAUUCAAGUCGACGUGUAG